AUGAAUUUUUUCCACCGUGUGUCAGACGACGAAGAUUUUGAUGUGCAGGUGAAACCCGCCGCCACCGCCCCGGUGUCAUGGGAAGACGAGGCCGAGGACGACGAGCCGGUGCUUGAGUCGUGGGACGUGGACAGCGACGAGGAGAGAGAGAAGAAGAAGAAGCAGGCGGACGAGCUGGCUGCCCGGAAAGCGGAGCAGAAGGCAAAGCUUGCAGCCAAGAAGGCCGGCAAGAAGGAGAAGACACUGCUUGAGAUCGACCUUGUGGAUGAAAAGACCCGGCGGGAGAUGCUCAAGGAGGCAGAGCUCAAUGCGGACUUGAACAACGCCGCAGACUUGUUUGCGGGCUUGGGUGUCGCCGACCACCCGCGUGCCCGGGCUGCCGCCGGGGCCGGUGAGCAGAAGAGCCUCACGCUGACGGAGGACACCCCGUUGACGGCGCACCCGCUGUUCCACCCGACAACUAAGCAGGACUACGAGAAGUUGAGAAAGAGCCUCGGCACGACGAUGAAGGAGUUGAGCGCCAGCUCGACCUUGUUCUACGCCAACGCGCUCGCCAUCGACUUGGCCAGAGACAUCUGUGAGCCGCUCACCGUCGAGCAAAUCCGCAAGGUCAUCUCCACCUUGAACGCCACCGUCACCCGCAAGAUCAAGGACGAGAGACAGAGCAGACUCUCCAAGACCGGCGGCACCUCUCUCGGUGGUGCCGGGAAGAAGAAGGUCAAGACCGCCGUCGUCAACAGCGGACCGGCCAGUUUCAAGAAGGACAACCUCGACGACUUCAUGGGCGGCGACGGAGACAUCAGUGAUGACGACUUCAUGUAG